GUCAUAGAUAUAAACAAACCGGUGCCCGGUCUGACAGUGUGUGACCAUUUUUUUUUGUUUUAGCUUGUUCUUUACUUUUAUCCAAACAAUAAAUAGCAAAUAGAAAAAAUAAAGUAAUAAAAUUAAGCUGCAGUUUGCAUUUAUUGUAGUGGAUAAGCGAUUGGGCAGUAUUAGUGUUAGUUAAUAUGGCCACAAAAGCAAAGAUUGGUAUAAUUGGGGGCACCGGCUUGGAUAACCCAGAUCUCCUUAAAGAUAGAACAGAAAAGGUGGUGUCCACCCCAUAUGGAACACCAUCAGAUGCUUUGAUACUGGGUAGUGUUGAGGAGGUUCCUGUGGUUAUUUUGGCCAGACAUGGCCGAAAACAUGACAUAUUGCCAACUAAUGUAAACUAUCGUGCUAACAUUUGGGCCUUAAAAGAAGAAGGAUGCACACAUGUCAUAGCGACAAAUGCGUGUGGGUCUUUGCAGGAGGAAAUUGCGCCGGGCAAUGUAGUUAUCUUGGAUAAUUUUAUUGAUAGGACUACUAAGAGGGAGACGACCUUCUAUGAUGGUACGCACCUAAAAGGAGUUUGUCAUAUGCCAAUGGAGCCUGCUUUCUGUUCACAUACGAGACAAGUAAUAUUGGAAACAGCCAAAAAAGUAGGUAUAGAGGUGCGUGAUGGUGGCACCAUAGUAGUAAUCGAGGGUCCGCGAUUCUCAAGCAAAGCCGAAAGUAACGUGUUCAGAAGCUGGGGUGCUCACUUGAUAGGAAUGACGACCAGUCCGGAAGUUGCCCUUGCUAAAGAGGCUGGGUUAUGUUACGCCUCCAUAGCGAUGGCCACAGACUACGAUUGCUGGAGGGACUGCGGCGAAAAGGUGUCUCAUAAAUACGUGCUGGAAACGUUCCACAGUAACGUGAAGAAGGUGUUGCAAAUUUUAUUGGCUCUGAUACCAAGAAUGGGACAAGAAAAUUGGGAUAAGACCGUUAAAGAGGCACAGGCUCUAGCCAAGGAUAAUGUUAUGUAAUCAAGAAGUAUUUAGCCGAAUUUAAUAGGAUACUAAAUAUAAUUUUAUAAAAAAAAUAUUUUAGUAUUAACAGUUGUGUUUGGAAAUUAUAAUUUGUAUUGUGGUGACUUAAUAAAUUUAAAAUUACCUA